GACCAGGAAGAAGGAUCCGCGGAGCUCAUUGUCACCCCUGCCGAGGGCGCAGACUUGCGUGAGCUCCUGAAGAAGGAGCUUCAGCGGACAAUUUCGAUUCAACAGGUGGAGAGCCUGAAGAAACAGCGGUUGGCCUCUGAGGCAGUUGCCGCAGCCGAGUGA